GAACUACAAUUCCCAGAAGGGUGUGCGGCCGAAAGCUUUGGGCGGCCUUCUGAGGGGCUCUGCUAGCUUCAGCGCCGUGGGGUCUGACCUGGCUGGGUGUAGUGUCCCGGCCUGGCAGGAGGGGCGGCCCGGUCCGGGUCGCACCUCCUGGAGCCGUCCCCGGGACGUCAGUCCUGGAGGAGGCGAGGGUUGCUCCAGUUGCCAAGAAAACUAUGAAUAAGUCAGAGAACCUGCUGUUUGCUGGUUCCUCAUUAGCAUCACAAGUCCAUGCUGCUGCCGUUAACGGAGAUAAGGGUGCUCUACAGAGGCUCAUCGCAGGAAACUCUGCUCUUAAAGACAAAGAAGAUCAAUUUGGGAGAACACCACUUAUGUAUUGCGUGUUGGCUGACAGAUUGGAUUGUGCAGAUGCUCUCCUGAAGGCAGGAGCAGAUGUGAAUAAAACUGACCAUAGCCAGAGAACAGCCCUCCAUCUUGCAGCCCAGAAGGGAAAUUAUCGUUUCGUGAAACUCUUACUUACACGCAGAGCAAAUUGGAUGCAAAAGGAUCUGGAAGAGAUGACUCCUUUGCACUUGACUACCCGGCACAGGAGCCCUAAGUGUUUGGCACUUCUGCUGAAGUUUAUGGCACCAGGAGAAGUGGAUACACAGGAUAAAAACAAGCAAACAGCUCUGCAUUGGAGUGCCUACUACAAUAACCCUGAGCACGUGAAACUGCUCAUCAAGCAUGAUUCUAACAUUGGAAUUCCUGAUGUUGAAGGCAAGAUCCCACUUCACUGGGCAGCCAACCAUAAAGAUCCAAGUGCUGUUCACACAGUGAGAUGCAUUCUGGAUGCUGCUCCAACGGAGUCUUUACUGAACUGGCAAGACUACGAGGGUCGAACUCCUCUUCACUUUGCAGUUGCUGAUGGGAAUGUGACCGUGGUUGAUGUCUUGACCUCAUAUGAAAGCUGCAAUAUAACGUCUUAUGAUAACUUAUUUCGAACCCCACUGCACUGGGCAGCUUUAUUAGGCCAUGCACAGAUUGUCCAUCUCCUUUUAGAAAGAAAUAAGUCUGGAACUAUCCCAUCUGACAGCCAAGGAGCCACACCUUUGCACUAUGCUGCUCAGAGUAACUUUGCUGAAACAGUUAAAGUGUUUUUAAAACACCCUUCAGUGAAAGAUGAUUCAGACCUAGAAGGAAGAACAUCCUUUAUGUGGGCAGCUGGCAAAGGCAGUGAUGAUGUCCUUAGGACUAUGCUGAGUUUAAAAUCGGACAUUGAUAUUAACAUGGCUGACAAAUAUGGAGGUACAGCUUUGCAUGCUGCUGCCCUUUCUGGCCAUGUCAGCACCGUGAAGUUAUUACUGGAAAAUAACGCUCAAGUGGAUGCUACUGACGUUAUGAAACAUACUCCACUUUUCCGAGCCUGUGAGAUGGGACACAAAGAUGUGAUUCAGACACUCAUUAAAGGUGGAGCAAGAGUAGAUCUAGUUGACCAAGAUGGACAUUCUCUUCUACAUUGGGCAGCACUGGGAGGAAAUGCUGAUGUUUGCCAAAUAUUAAUAGAAAAUAAGAUCAAUCCAAAUGUUCAGGAUUAUGCAGGAAGAACCCCUCUGCAGUGUGCUGCAUAUGGAGGCUAUAUCAACUGCAUGGCAGUUCUCAUGGAAAAUAAUGCAGACCCUAAUAUUCAAGACAAAGAGGGAAGAACAGCUUUGCAUUGGUCCUGCAACAAUGGAUACCUUGAUGCCAUUAAAUUACUGCUAGACUUUGCUGCGUUCCCUAAUCAGAUGGAAAACAAUGAAGAGAGAUACACACCCCUUGAUUAUGCUUUGCUUGGUGAGCGCCAUGAAGUGAUCCAGUUCAUGUUGGAGCACGGUGCCCUGUCCAUCGCAGCCAUUCAAGACAUCGCCGCCUUCAAAAUCCAAGCUGUCUACAAAGGGUACAAGGUCAGAAAAGCCUUCCGAGACAGGAAAAAUCUCCUCAUGAAGCAUGAACAGUUGAGAAAAGAUGCUGCUGCCAAAAAGCGAGAGGAAGAAAACAAACGAAAAGAGGCAGAACAGCAAAAAGGAAGGCAAAGCCCAGAUUCCUGCAGACCCCAGGCCCUUCCCUGUCUGCCCAGCACCCAGGAUGCACCCAGCAGGCAGAGCCGGGCCCCCAGCAAGCAGCCUCCUGCUGGCAACGUGGCCCAAGGCCCUGAGCCAAGAGACAGCAGAGGAUCUCCAGGAGGGUCUCUAGGCAGAGCCCUCCAGAAGGAGCAGUAUACUUCCUUGGAUUUGCAGGGAACAAACUCCAGAAGGCCAAAUGAAACAGCCAGAGAACAUUCUAAAGGCCAAUCUGCCUGUGUCCACUUCAGACCCAAUGAAGGCAGUGAUGGAAACAGGCAUCCAGGAGUUCCCUCUGUUGAGAAGUCCAGAGAGCUCCGACUGCAGAUAAUUCAGAGAGAACGAAGGAGGAAAGAGCUGUUUCGCAAAAAGAACAAGGCAGCGGCAGUCAUCCAGCGUGCCUGGCGAAGUUACCAGCUCAGGAAGCACCUGUCCCACCUUCGACAUACGAAGCAGCUUGGAGCUGGAGAUGUGGACAGAUGGAGGCAAAAGUGUACAGCAUUACUCCUCCAGAUUUGGAGGAAGGAACUAGAACUAAAACUCCCCCAAACUACUGCAGUAAGCAAGACCCCCAAGAAUCCAUCCAAGGGCACCUCAGGCACAAAGUCCACUAAGCACUCAGUGCUUAAGCAAAUCUAUGGUUGUUCUCAAGAAGGGAAAAUACAUCAUCCUACAAGAUCUGUAAAAGCCUCUUCCGUGCUGCGUCUCAACUCAGUGAGCAACCUACAGUGCAUACAUCUCCUUGAUAACAGUGGAAGAUCAAAGAACUUUUCUUAUAACCUGCAAUCAGCUACUCAGCCAAAAAACAAAACAAAACCUUGACUGCCUAAGGAGGAAGACUGUGUUCGGGUGAGCUGGCAUAGCUAGUGCAGAGUUCAAAUUUUGUGCUGAUAAUCUUUUACACUUUGGGAAAACUUUACUAUCUGUACCUGAAGGCUUAUUCACCUAAAAAUGUGUUAACUCAAAGAAAAUGUCAGAAUGUUUCCUUUCUGCUCUUACACAGCAUUGUUUUGUCAAUCGAUGUAGCCUGCACUGAAAGGACCUGCAUAGACUCUGUCUGUGCAAAGUGCCCAGGUGUCUGCUUUCACUGCAGUCUGUAUGGUUGGAAAUGGGAAUUCAUAAUUAACAGUAAAAUCUAAGGCAAACUAAGGCUGCUGGGUUGGGAUUUCUGCCAGCUAGCUGGUACUGGCUUCCUGACUCAAGAGAUGAACCUAAAUGAGAUAGGAAGCCUGUCCCAUAGCAGCCUUCUUCUCACUACUUUCCUGGAAUCUAAUGCAACAAACUUAUCACACACACCACAUUCACAUCCCACUGUUACUUCAAAAUUAAUCAGGUUUAAAUUUUAGAUCAGAAUCAUGACCCACUGUUUGCAUUUAGAAAUUGUACAAAAGACCAUAGAUACAUUCUGGUGAUUCCUUACAUUUUACAGUUCCUACGUUAGCCUCUCAAGGCCACAAGUUGCCGCCACAUCUUCUCUGAAUGGCUUUCUCAGUGCUGAAUACCAACAGCCAUAUUACAGUAUCAAGGAUUCUGUCAGGUAGGGUUUACAGACCAGACUGUUCAUGCAGCAAGGUGCCAACUCAGGCUUCAAUGUUCUACUUGUAUUUUCUGACCAACUUGCAGAAAUGAGCAAUCUUCUUAAAAUGCCAUUCCUGUUGGCAGGGAAGAAUGAAACGGCACACAUCCUAGCAUUCUAAGAACACCUGGUUUAAAUAAAAUCCAGUGAUCAUGGACUCUUUCACAUUGUUUAAGGGGAAAGCUGCUGUGGGAAUAUAGACAGUAGGCAUAAACAGUGAUAUAUUUUACAAGUAUUUUGGGGGAUGCUUUCAUUUUCUACACAUCAGUGCCACUUCUGUGCUAAAGUUAAGAGACAGGCAAUGAAGUGUUCGCUUAAGUUAACUACCUUGGUUUUUAGUUUGCUAAUUACUAUAAGUCAUCGUUUUUGUGAUCACAAAAACACAAAGAAUGAGGUCUGCCUAGAUGGGAUUACAAAGAUUUAGCCAAUUUCUUGGUACAUAACAGAAGGUACCACAGGAUCACUCUCUGUUUUGUAAAUAUUUCGCUCCUAUGAAAUGCACAAUGCACAACACCUGUGACCAUGUAUCGUGUGCUAGUCCAGGAAGCCAGCAUACACAUUAAUAGGAACUCCCAAGCAUUAUUUUCCUACAUCAGUGCAAAGAAGGUUCGUAAACUUCUUUAAAAGUUCAGCUUUAAUGACAAAAGAUCUAUUACAUCAGUCUUUCUUCAAAAUAAGAUAGACGUGAAUAAACAACUUCAAACAGGAGGUACCACAGCCUCUUCAAUACACUGUAGCCAGUGCGCUGGGCCCUUGGGGAUGCCCAGUGAUAUACACGUUGAAGCAGUAAUGUAAGUCUGUGAGCCACUGUUCCUGAACACUUCCACUCUUCAAUGUCUGGAGAGAAAAACAAGAGUAAUUUGAGAAUUGUACCCAAAUCUCUAUGCUACCUGACCGUACUUUUCACACCCAAACACAAUUUCCCAGAGCUGUGGCAACUGCAUCCCCGUCUAUAAAUUACCAUAGGAAGUCUUCCAGGAAACAGGGAACUAUUAAUCGGGCAUUACCACAGGCAGUGGAAAUUCCUAGUUAUAUCCUCAAAUGCCAACGGUUUCUUACUGAGUGUGUUCCCUCCUGCACAUGCUAGAGACUAAUGAAAUUUCACCACCAACCGUCCCUUCACCCUUGCCUCCCCCUCUUGCCAUUCUAGUGUCUCAUGAUCUUUACCCCAAUGCCAACUGAGAAUAACUCUACAGGGCCAACCAACAAUUUCUGUCAAUCUCUUCUUUACAGAAAUGGGCUGAUUCUCCAGUCUGGGAAUAAUCCAAGCUCUUGAUUUUCUUCCCUUCACUAUUUCUGAAUUAUUCCACUGCCACUUCCAUUACCCCUACAAAGGCUACUGAGAAAAUUCUAAUGAGCACCUGUGUUAUAUGCAUGUAAAAGCACUAUUACUUCAAAGUAUUACUACAAAUCUCAAGGGACAACCUGCAAAUCAAACUAUACAAAACACCUUUUUAACCCCCCCAAACUAAAAUCACCAAAGGAAUCCUAAACAACAGAGCUGUCCCUGCCAGACACAGCUGAAGGCAGAGAGCCAACCAUUAGACAAAGCUGAAGUCUGCAACUACUUCUGAUUUUCUUACUUUCCAGUGAACUAAGUGACUAGAAAUUGGCCUGAAGUUUAUUCCUGCUAAUUUCCUUAAUGACAACAUUUACUGAACACUUUACAAAUGUCAGGUAUACUAAAAAAUUUACUUUGGUUAUCUCCUUUAAUGAUCACCAAAACACAAUAAAGUUGGCAUUAUUCCCAUUUUUCUAGAUAGGAAAACAAGCUUGGAUA